CUUCGUAUAUGCACAUGCUUCCACUGAGCUUCUCAUCUUCCACACAGAAUCAACAGGCCUAAACCCUUACACCGUUAAACCUCCACAACAGCAACACAUGGCUUCCCUUUCUCCUCUCUUUUUUUCCCAGCACCUCACAAUCUCUGCCUCCAAACUUCCCAAAACGCACACAAAGCCCACUCUCAUACUCUGUAGAUCUUCUACACAGGAACAGCAUUAUGCCCACCACACCGCCUCUGUCUCAGAGACCCAUUUCUCGGACUCCGUACCCGGACCCGAUGGGACGGGACCCGCUGCUCCCACCCGAGGCCAGAGAUUUCUCGAACACCACCGGUCCCUCGAGGCCGCGAAGCUCGUGGCCGAAGAGAAUAGUAAGUUCAAGAAGAAGAAGACGAAGAAGGAGAAGCCCUUGAAGGUUUCCACUGCGGUGGCUUCUUGUUAUGGGUGUGGGGCUCCGUUGCAGACUUCGGAAUUGGAUGCUCCGGGCUAUGUGGAUUCCCAGACCUAUGAACUGAAGAGGAAACACCGCCAGCUUAGAACUGUUCUAUGCGGGCGGUGCCGGCUACUGUCACAUGGGCACAUGAUAACUGCAGUCGGUGGAAAUGGAGGUUAUCCCGGCGGAAAACAGUUUGUGACAGCUGAACAACUUAGGGAGAAGCUAUCUCACUUGCGCCACGAAAAAGUGUUGAUUGUUAAACUGGUUGAUAUUGUGGACUUCAAUGGCAGCUUUUUGGCUCGUGUGCGUGAUCUUGCUGGUUCAAAUCCAAUAAUAUUAGUUGUGACAAAGGUUGAUCUCCUACCAAAAGGGACUGAUCUAAAUUGUGUUGGUGAUUGGGUAGUAGAGGCCACUACAAAGAAGAAGCUUAAUGUUCUGAGUGUCCAUCUGACAAGUUCAAAGUCUUUGGUUGGCAUAGUAGGAGUUGCAUCAGAAAUUCAAAAGGAAAAAAAGGGGCGGGAUGUUUACAUUCUGGGCGCAGCUAAUGUUGGGAAAUCUGCAUUUAUCAAUGCUUUACUUAAAAUGAUGGCACAAAAGGAUCCAGCUGCUGCGGCAGCACAAAAAUACAAACCAAUACAAUCUGCUGUUCCUGGAACCACCUUAGGUCCAAUUCAAAUUAAUGCUUUCCUAGGAGGAGGGAAAAUAUAUGACACGCCUGGAGUUCAUCUCCACCAUAGGCAAGCUGCGGUGGUUCAUUCAGAUGAUCUACCUGCACUUGCUCCUCAAAGUCGGCUAAGGGGUCAAUCUGUUUUAGUAACCCUUGACAAUGGGACAGCAAGCAAAGUUAAAUCCAACGGCUUAAAUGGGUUCUCAAUAUUUUGGGGAGGUCUUGUCAGAAUUGAUAUCUUAAAGGUUCUCCCGGAAACUAGCUUGACAUUCUAUGGGCCAAAGGCUUUGCAAAUUCAAAUAGUGCCCACGGAUAAAGCAGAUGAAUUUUACCAGAAAGAACUUGGCGUUUUAUUAGUACCUCCAACUAGAAAAGAAGGAGCAGAUGACUGGAGAGGAUUGGAAAUAGAGCGCCAGUUGCAUAUAUCAUUCAAAGAUGUGGAAAGGCCUGCUUGUGAUGUUGCUAUAUCAGGUCUGGGAUGGAUUUGUGUUGAACCAGUGAGCAAAUCAAUCAAAAUAUCUGAUCCAAACAUAGAGGAAACAGCCAGAGAACUGCAUUUAACUGUCCAUGUCCCCAAGCCAGUCGAGAUUUUUGUUAGGCCUCCAUUGCCUGUGGCCAAAGUUGGAGCAGAGUGGUACCAAUAUCGAGAGUUGACAGAGAAGGAAGAAGAAGCAAGACCAAAGUGUUACUUUUGAUGCUAGUGGUUCCAUGAUCUAUAUUAUAUAUAUAAUCAAUUUGCUUAUUGUAAGAAUAUUCUUCUUUUUUCUUUUUCUUUUUUUGAAUGAAUGAAUGUUAAAAAAGGGUAGUGUAUUAUUUUUUCUUUUCAAUAUAGAAUGUAAA